AUGCCAAAUUUGAAACGCUGCAAGCUGAAAGAGGCCGCGAAUCCGAAGAGGCGGAAAACGAAUGGGGGGCAUUACUCAGUCGAAGAUUUCAGCAGCGGCUCCGGUUCUUCGGAAUACAACGAGUCGUUUUCCGCUGCCGUCGAGGUCAACCGGCCAGCAAUGAAUGAGAUCAGCUCUGAAAAGUUUCGGAGGUCAGCUCGAGGUCUCCGGCAAGUGCCGUCUUCAGUUGAUUUAUAUGAAAAAAGGCAAGCUAAAGCUAUGAAAACAGUGAAGGGCUCAGGUUCUGAAACUCAAGUUUACUUAUGUAAACAUUGUGCAAAGUUGAAAAAAUCAAAACAAUGUUGUGGCAUAUGUAAGAAGAUAUCAGAGGGUGGAGAUUGGGAGCAUGCUGAGUGUGACAAAAUUUCCAGUAAUGUUUUCAAGGACCUGGAGCACAUUGAUUGCAAAAAUAAGGAAUGCGAAUCGUCAGAUGUGACCUGCGUAACUGUGGUUUGUAAUGGCAUGGAAGGAACAUAUGUGCCAAACCUUCAUAUGGUUGCUUGUAAGUGUGGACUGUGUGAUGAGUCAAAGAUGCGGAGCCUUGGUGAAUGGGAAAGGCACACGGGUUGUAGAGCAAAGAAAUGGAAGCAUAGUGUGAAAGUGAAGGCCACAAUGCUAAGACUGGAACAAUGGAUUGCAGAGUAUAAUGAACUUGGUUUAGAUAAGCAGCAACUACUUGAUUCCUUACGAGAAAAGUACGAGCCAGUUGAAGCAAAGUGGACAAGUGAAAGAUGUGCAGUUUGUAGAUGGGUUGAAGAUUGGGAAGAUAACAAAAUGAUCAUAUGCAACAGGUGUCAAAUAGCUGUGCACCAAGAAUGCUAUGGUGCAAAACAUGUCCAGGAUUUUACUUCAUGGGUUUGUAGGGCAUGUGAAACACCUGAUAUCGUUAGAGAGUGCUGUCUCUGUCCAGUGAAAGGAGGUGCUUUGAAGCCCACUGAUGUUGACACCUUGUGGGUUCAUGUCUCUUGUGCUUGGUUUCAUCCCGAAAUAGGUUUCUUGAAUCAUGAGAAGAUGGAACCUGCUGUUGGAAUCCUUAGAAUCCCACCCACUACUUUUCUGAAGCGUUGUGUAAUUUGUGCGCAGACUCAUGGUUCCUGCACCACAUGUUGCAAAUGCGCCACUCAUUUUCAUGCAACCUGUGCAUCAAGAGCAGGCUACAGCAUGGAGUUGCACUGCCAGGUGGGGAAGAAUGGGAAACAAGUAACAACCAAGUUGAUAUAUUGUGCGGUGCACAGGGCUCCCAAUCCAGAAGCUGUUAUCGUUGUUCAUACUCCUUCAGGGGUUUUUGCUGCCAGAAGCUUGCUUCGAAACGAGAAAGGGUUCUUCAGGGGUUCGAGGGUGGUGUCAUCAAAGAAAACUGAAGUUUCAGAACCUUCAACCUCAGAGUCUUAUGAGUUAGAACCAGUACUCUCUGCUGCAAGAUGCCGUGCUAUUAAAAGAUCAAAUUUUAAGGGAGGUGAGCGGCUACCAAUUUUUCAUCGACCAAGGGGACCAACACACCAUUCAUUAGACGGAGUAAAUAGCUUGAGCACAUUUAAAGAAGUAGAAGAUUCUAAAAUUUUUUCUUCCUUCAAGGAUCGGCUUUACCACUUGCAGAAAACUGAAAAUCACCGGGUUUGUUUUGGAAAAUCUGGAAUACAUGGAUGGGGUCUAUUUGCACGUAGGAGUAUUCAGGAAGGAGAAAUGGUAGUUGAGUAUCGUGGUGAGCGGGUAAGACGCAGCAUUGCAGAUCUGAGGGAAGCACGGUACAGGCUACAAGGCAAAGAUUGCUAUCUUUUCAAGAUUAGCGAGGAAGUAGUAAUUGAUGCUACAUGUAAAGGAAAUAUAGCACGGUUAAUUAACCAUUCGUGCAUGCCUAAUUGCUAUUCAAGGAUCGUGAGUGUGGGUGAGGAGAACCGAAUAGUUCUCAUUGCCAAGACUAAUGUUUCGGCCGGUGAAGAACUAACGUACGAUUACUUGUUUGAGCCGGAUGAAUGUGACGAGCUCAGAGUUCCCUGUCUAUGUAAAGCUCCCAACUGUAGGAAAUUCUUGUGUUAG